AUGCUUGGCAUGGCAACCACUGCUUUGCUAUUGCUUGUUCUUGACCAAGUUAAUGGUGACUGCUGCCAUGUACCGUACAAAUGCACAGAACCGGACAACAAAAAAGUGAGUCGAUGCUACGACUGUACCGAAGCUUCCGUGUACUGUGGUAUUGGCAAGUGCAACGUGUUUGGAUGUAACUGCGACGGAGGCUGCCGCCAGGGCAAUGAGUCACUUUGGUGCUGGAACUCUUUCUUCAACUGCGGUAAACACUCGCUCAAACGUGAGGCCAUUGCCAUGCCUGAAAUGCAACUGGUGACCAUUGUUCAGAAGUUUGAUACCAACGGUGAUAUUGCUCUGAAUGUUGAUGAGUUUGCUCAGUUCAUUGAGCAUACUCAGUUUGAUGCCGAUGUGCAGUCAGAGUUUGCCAAACUUGAUGUCAACAAUGAUGGUGUUAUUUCGCUGCACGAAAUUGAUCCAAAGUUGUUCUAA